AUGGAAGUGGCGUUGUCAUUAUGGAUAGAAGACCGCAACCAAAAAAGGGUUCCCCUGAGUUGUCCAUUGAUCCGGGAGAAGGCAAAGCGUCUUUACGCUCAUUUUAAAGAACCUGAUGGUAGUGGUAGUGGUGAAUGUUGGUUCAAUAAAUUUAAAGUAAGACAAUCAUUGCAUAACAUUAAAAUUGUAGGAGAAGCUGCAUCAGCAGAUACUGCUGCAGCAGAACGGUAUCCAGAAGACUUUGCGAACCUAGUAGCUGAUGGAGGAUACAAACCUGAGCAAGUAUUUAAUGCAGACGAAACUGCACUGUUUUGGAAGAAAAUGCCGAACAAAACAUUCAUUUCUAAAAGCGAAAAGUCUGCUCCUGGAUUUAAGGCAGCAAAGGAUAGAGUUACACAGCUGCUAUGUUCUAAUGCAUCUGGAGAUUGUGUCAUUAAGCCACUGAUGCUUUACAGAUCGCUAAAUCCACGUGCUUUAAAAAAUCAAAACAAGGACAACCUGCCAGUGUUUUGGCGUGCUAAUAAGAAAGCGUGGGUAACAAGCGCUGUAUUUUGUGACUGGUUUCGGAAUUGUUUUGUUAAGGAAGUUGAAAUUUACUUGAAAAAUAAGAAUUUAGACUUUAAGGCACUUCUAGUUUUGGACAAUGCACCAGGUCAUCCUCGCGAACUUGAAGCUAUGCAUCCAAAUAUAAAAGUGACAUUUUUACCUCCAAACACGACGGCUUUGCAAAGCCGUCGUGUUUGGAGGUUCGUCGUAUUCAUGUGCUUGACUAGUGCUGGUUUAUGA